GGGAAAGCCGGUCAGCAGAGUUUCUUGACAUAGGAAAGAGGGAAGAGGAAAGUUGUUUAUUCUUAACCUCGUAUUCUCUGCUGCCAUACCUAAUUCAAAGGAGUAACUUUCAAUGACAAUACCCAAUUCUAGCCCUUCUAGAAUUCAACAGUCCAUAUAUUCCAACUCAUUCACUUCCCCUCGAUCUUCCAUGCGAUCUCUAUAAAUCUUCUCAAUCUCCCCACAUGGUCCAUUUACGCGUGUUAAUUGUGGAGACAGCGUGGAGACAGGAAUCAAAGCCGAGCUUACACAGCCCUAUACAUUAUGCUCACCCCAGCACCCCAGACAAUGAUAUCCCUGUGAAUGAUGCCCUGAUUUUCGAAAUCCCAAUCAUAUCGAAACACCAAAUUCGAUCAGCAAUAAACAAGAAGAUCAAUGCCAUGUCUAGAUCCCCGUUUCUUCUCAAUCUUGUCGCACCACUUGCUCAUAGUUUCCAUCCCAUCUCAUGCACAUCGUCAAACGGUUCUAAUAUAAGAGCAAAACAAGAAAUCACAUCAUAUAUCUAAUACCAACUACUGCUCCUCGAAACUCGAAACAAUUUUUUGGAUCUUUCUUUUCCUACAUUACCUAAUCUCUCCAAAAGCACUCUUUCAAACAUCAUAAAAAUCAUGAAUUUCCCUCGAAAGCACAACCCCUACCUCGAUCCUACCAAUAAACAACACCGCGAUUAUACCCGUCUAGACGUAUCUCACUCUCCAGACAACGUCCCAGACACCCCUUUCAACUCACCCACCGCAAUGUCUCUCUCAAACUCUGAAUCCUCGAGUCCAAACUUCAAUCCCUUUUCUCUCAACCAACUCAUCAUGAAUGGAAAUGAAACAUCCUCCUCGUCAUCGCUACACCAAUCACGAAACUUCACACCCACAUCCGCACCAUCAGAUUGGCGUCCCGAAUCUCGGGAUCGUGCUGACUCAACGGGUUCGGAAAGAUCGGACAUCAUAAGCAAUGGUAGAAAAUGCCACUGUGGAAGUGGAGGAAUGCAACAAAGACAGGGCGGUGAAGAGUCCGGUCCUGGGUUUGGAAGUUAUAGCGACAGUCGUUGUGAGCAGUGCAUUAUAGGAGACGAGGAUGUGGAGAGGGGAAGAUGUAGGACGAGGACGAAUUCGAGUAGCUCAAGGGACAAGACGAGUUGUUCCAGGGAAAAGAAGAGGAGGAUGGAACUUUGAUGUAUGUAUGGUUAGAGGGAUACCAAGAGGACAGUCUUGGAAAGGAUCUACCAACCAAUAGUUUAUUUGGGUUUCAUGUAUGUUUCUAGCGUUUCUUGACAUCCAAUAUACGUUUGGAUCUUCGCACGCGAACUCAACACCGAGAUCGAAUCUUCGAAAAUAAGGUUGAGAAGGAAUCUUACGGAUUAGAUCAAAAAUGCACUCCCCAUUCGAAGAGCUAUUUACCUUCCUCUGUCGUCCUUUGAGUGUCGAUGAAGUAGACUUCAUCAUGUAUUUCAAAAAAUUCAAAUUGAGAACUCACUCUGCACAACUCGUACGUCUAAUCAUUUA